UUUUUUUUUCUCCCAGGCUGUUCUGUUCCACCACAUCUGCAAGUGCUCAUAACUUUGCCAUAUGUAGCAACUGGUGGCCAUCAGCAUUGCUGAUUGCUGUGAUGUGUUGUAAACAUUUGUUAGCAUUUGUGUUUCCAAAGUAGCAAGAGGGAUUGCACACCUGAGUCUGGAGUGCAUCCAUUUCCCCCCAUGCAAGAAAUAAUGUAAUGCAAGAAUUUAUGCUCAUAGCCGGAAUUCCAGGUGUAUUAGGUUGCAUUGAUUGCACCCACGUUGCCAUUCAACGCCCACGCUCCCCGCAAGCAGAAGUUUUCCGCUGCAGGAAAGGCUACUUUUCCGUAAAUGUUCAAGCUGUUUAGCUAAAGUUUUUCAAUAUUGUUGCACGGUGGCCAGGAAGUGUCCAUGACAGCAGAAUAUUAAAUAACAGCCGCAUCUGCCAGGAGUCAGAGGAUGGAAUGUUUGAGGGCCAUCUCCUUGGUGAUAAUGGGUGUCCAUGUCGCAAGUACUUGCUUACACCAAUUAUUGACCCAAACAACAUCCAUGAACAAAGAUACAAUGUGGCACACAUUAAAACACGCAGCACAAUUGAGCGUGCAUUUUUGGUGUUCUUAAAAGAUUCUCUUGUUUUGGAAAUAAAUGAGAACAAGUCUGAAAAGACCUAAAGUUAUUUGCAUGUGCAAUGCUACAUAACCUGGCUAUUCAGUACAGGGUAGCGGAGCCAGAAAUACAUGCAGAUGACUCUAAUGAAAAUCCUGUUGAUUUAAUGACACACCAUUCAGAUCCAUAAAAAAAACAAAGAAAUAUUCAGGGAAGUGUUAGAAGCCAGGAAACAUAAGUCAAUAUUUCUGAUGGCAUAAGCUGACAUUAAGUUUUCUAUAACGGAAUGUUAUUUUUUCAUCAUGCUUUUCCUGUAAAAUUAUUGUAAUAAUGCAGCUUGUUUUAUGAUUUUUUUCUGACUUUGA